CGUCUGAGAGGCUUACGGCAGCAGUACUUCAUCAUCGGUCUUGCGGUGAAGCUGUGGGAAUACAGGGCAAACCAUAGGAAUACAUCUAAAUCUCUAGUUCUACAUUUGCGACGUUUUACGUAUUCCACGUCAUCGGAACCAUGAAAGAAAAAGAAAGUCCAUCAACGCUUUCCGUAGAUUCACCCCCCAUCAAAUGCCUCGACAAGCAAUCUACCUCUAAGCCAUACUCUCGGCCAGAAUUCACUCAACAGUUCAGGGAGAACUCCAGCGGCAAAGUAUGGUGGACCAUAUUUAUUGUUUUGAUGGUAGCUACGGUAGCUGUCCGGUUUUACAAAUUACAUUAUCCCGAACAAGUUUGCUGGGAUGAGACACAUUUCGGAAGGCACGCAAACCAAUAUCUUCAACGAACUUUCUUCUUUGACGUUCAUCCUCCUCUGGGCAAAAUGAUUAUUGCAUUAUUUGGGUACUUGGAUGGAUACGACGGUUCCUUUUGGUUUGAGGUCGGGAAAAAAUACGGAGACGCCUCUUACAUGGGAAUGCGUAUAGGUUGUGCGAUAAUGGGAGCUUUAGUAGUUCCUCUUUCCUUCCUGUCAAUGUGGGAAAUGACUUCAUCGUUACCAGCAUCCACCUUCACUGCCCUUUGCUUAAUUUUUGACAACUCGUUGGUGGUGUUGAAUCGCUUUAUACUUCUUGAUCCGCUGAUGCUGUUCUUCAUUUCAGCUACUGUCUUUUCUAUGGCUCAUUUCAACCAACAAAAAAGAUCUUUUAGUUUUCGCUGGUGGUUCUGGUUAUCAUCAACGGGCAUAUUUAUGGCUGGAGCUUUCAGCAUCAAAUUUGUUGGAUUGUUUCUCGUUUUCUUGGUGGGAAUUCGAGCCAUCUACGACUUGUGGAUUAUUCUUGGCGAUAUGUCGCGGCCAGUGACUUAUACAGUUAAACAUUUCCUGGCAAGAGCUCUGUGCCUUAUUGCGCUUCCGGUCGCUUUGUACGUGGCCAUUUUUUACGUUCAUUUGAAAAUUCUUCAUCUUGGUGGAGAAGAAGAUGAAUUUUACAGUUCUGCUUUCCAAGUCAGUCUCAAAGGCAAUAUGUUCCACAACUCUACUGGCCCUAGAGAGGUUGCAUAUGGAGCUGUUAUCAGGCUGAAGAAUAACGUUCUCGAGGGUCAAUAUCUUCAUUCACAUCGACAGCUAUAUCCGGUCGGCGCUAGACAGCAGCAAAUCACUACGGUCUAUAUCAGAGAUCCAAACAACCGAUGGUUCAUCAAAAGACACAACCAAUCAUCUCCGCUUUGGAACGCUACUGAGCCUAUCGACUUUGUUCGUAACGGUGAUUUGGUUCGGAUCGAGCACCGAACAACAGGGCGCAAUAUUCACGUUCACAGAGGACCAGCACCUAUUUCGAAUAAAAUGUAUCAAGUGACUGGUUUUGGAGUGAAAGGUGAAGGUAACGACGAUGAUUUCUGGCGAAUCGAAAUCGAAGGUGCUGCAGAAGGCGAAAUUCUGGAAAUAGUGCGACACAGCUUCCGGUUGGUGAGCCCAAACAACAAGUGCGUCCUUACAUCGACGACAAAGAAUUUGCCCGAGUGGGGGUUCGGCUCUGCUGAAGUGGCUUGCAAUCCAAAAAUUCACGACGACCGCGCCUAUUGGCACAUCGAUGAUAACCGCUAUCCACGUCUUCCAAAUGUGAGCUACACUAUAUACGAGCUCAGUUUCCUCCAGCGAUUCAUCGAGUCACAUCAGAACAUGUUUAUGGGCAACGCCGGAUUCAGACCCAGGAUAAGUGAUUUCCAGUCUAGACCGUGGAUGUGGCCCAUCAACUUCAGGGGUCAGUUCUUUUCAGUGGAAGGAUCAGUGAUCUACCUUCUCGGCAAUCCAAUUAUCUGGUGGGGCCACUGUUUGUGCUUCUUCUUUUACUUUAUUCUCUGGGUCGUGAAUGCCGUCAUCGAGAAGCGCUCCGUUGUUUUGUCUGAAAAGCAAAUGAUGUUGCAAAGGAGAACACUGAAUACGUGCAAAUGGCUAUUUAUCGGCUUUCUAUGUCACUACGCUCCAUUUUGGCCAAUGGCACGCAUCUUAUAUUUUCAUCAUUAUUUCCCAGCUCUCCUCUUCUCCAACAUGAUUUCAGGAAUGAUGCUGCACUAUCUUUUGGAAACUUUUUCGGACAAAAUUUCGCGAAAGUUUUAUACAUACUUUAUAAGUGGGCUAAUUUUAAUAUAUUUCUACAGCUUCUACUUAUUUACUCCAAUUACUUAUGGAUAUCCUAACCGGCCAUCACAAUACAAUGACUCGCAAAUGUAUGGCAUGAAAUGGAUACCUAGUUGGGAAUUUUAGAAGGACAAUUUAUACAAGGAAAACUUCUGCAAAAGAAUUUCACCAUGACGCGCAUUCAAUAUUUAUGCGUGUGUUAUAGAUUUUAAAAUGUUUUUAAUGGACAAGAAAAUUGAAAUACAUUUUACUUAACUCUU